UCCAUUCUGAACAAUGAAGUUUACGGAAUAACGAUGAGGGCCAAAAUCUCCAACCUUACCGACAAUAUUGACAUGAUCUUUAAACAUAAAGAUCUGACCGGUAAGGCGUCCUGUGUUUCUUGGGAUGGCAAAGGAAAACUUAACUGGACAGCAUUUGGCUGUAAGACAGAAAUCAACAACGACACCAUAAAGUGCUCCUGCUCACAUCUGACGUUCUUUGCAGUGCUGAUGAUCCCUCAGUCAGAUGCAAACAUCACAGCGCCGCAUCUGGAAUCACUGACUUUAAUUUCUUCUGUCGGCUGCGGCAUCUCCAUGUUUUUUCUGGCCGUCGCAUUAUUUAUGCAUUUCUUGCUACGGUAG